CAGCAGUGAACGUCUCCUUCCACUCCCGUCAUGCGUGGAUGUAAUAUUUUGUAACAAGGCAAUUUUAGAGUUUAAAGGCGGUGUCUGUCUCUAAACAGCGUCUGAAAAAGCUCGAGUUCAAAUGUAAUAUUAGUGAUGUUACAUCUUUCUGACACAAAUGGAGGAUCUAGAGUCUAGUCCAUCACCAGGACCCCUGACAGUUUCAGACAGAGGUAUGGCACAGCCUUCAGUACCCUCUGGUCAACUGUCUGAGUCAGCCAGACCCUCCAAGCACAGGGAGCACCCAUCUAAGUCACCAAGGAGACGUAGGAAGGGAACCAAGUCUCAACGGCAGGGAGGCGGUCAUGAACAGCUGCUGUGGGAGAUUGAACGACGGAGGUUGCCAGGCCAACAUGAGCACUUGGAGCCCUCUGGUUCAACAAGCGACACAGCAGAAAGCUCUCCUAAGAGGAGAGCACACUUUCUACAUGGACCGUACCCAGCUACUCACUUCGGACCCAAAGCCUGUAUUCUUCCCAACCCAACUUCAGUCAUGCACAUCCAGGACCCAGCCAGCCAGAGGCUCACCUGGAAUAAACCUCCUGUCAAUGUGCUUGUCAUCAGGAAGAUUAGAGAUGAAAGUCUUGUCGAGCCUUUUAAAGAGCUUUGCAGGUUUCUAGUGGAGGAGAAGCAGAUGAUGGUGUAUGUGGAGCGCAGGGUGGCAGACGAUGCUACACUGUCCAAGGACGAGACGUUCGGCUCCAUCCGCAACCAGCUGUGUACCUUCAGAGAGGGCUAUGAUGAUAUCUCUGACUGCAUAGACCUGAUCAUCUGUUUGGGUGGAGAUGGGACUCUGCUCUACGCCUCCUCUCUGUUCCAGGGCAGCGUCCCUCCUGUCAUGGCGUUUCACCUGGGCUCUCUGGGUUUCCUGACACCCUUCAAAUUUGAGUCCUACAAGACUGAAGUAGCCAAAGUGUUUGAAGGCAAUGCUGCAAUCACGCUGCGCAGUCGUCUGAAGGUGAAAGUGGUGAAGGACAUGCUUCAGAGAGCAGGCCAGCAGCAGCAACAGCAGGAACGUAAUGGACUCCUUCUUCAUGGUCACACCAACAGCGAUGCCGGGAAGGUCACCCUGCAGCUACAGGUGUUGAAUGAGGUAGUGGUGGAUAGAGGCCCCUCUUCCUACCUGUCUAAUGUGGACUUGUAUCUGGAUGGACGACUUAUCACCUCAGUGCAGGGAGAUGGUGUGAUAGUAUCAACACCCACAGGCAGUACCGCAUACGCAGCUGCAGCUGGAGCCUCCAUGAUCCACCCCAACGUCCCUGCCAUCAUGGUCACCCCCAUCUGCCCACACUCGCUCUCCUUUAGGCCCAUCGUCGUCCCUGCCGGGGUGGAGCUCAUGAUCACAUUAUCCCCUGAUGCCAGAAACACAGCCUGGGUGUCGUUUGAUGGCAGGAAGAGACAAGAGAUCCAACAUGGAGACUGUAUAAAGAUCACCACAUCCUGUUACCCGGUGCCCUCCAUCUGCUGUCAUGACUUGGUGUACGACUGGUUCGAGAGCCUCGCUCAGUGUUUGCACUGGAACGUACGCAAGAGGCAGGCACGUCUGGCUGAUGUCUCGGAUUCAUCAGAUACAGAAAACUGAAUCAUCGGGGACACUAAAUUUUAAAGACAUUUCUUUAAAGAUCUCUACAGCAGCCAGUUCACCCUGCAGUCUCUUCAAUGACAAUACUAACAAUGUGAAAGUCUGAGCAUGUGUGUCUGAGGCUUAGAUAGUUUAAAAUUAGCAUUUGGAUAGCAUGUAUGGUGAGUAUACAGUGCUUACGGUAUUUUAUACAUGCAAGUACACAUCACAUUACAUUCCAUUUCCUUCAAACACUCUGGGCUUGAUGCACUAAGAAUGGAUUGCAACCGUUAAUAACUGAAAUUGGGCAUCAUUUUCUCCCUGUAUCUUCUCCUUGUCAAGGUCUAAUUCACAAAACAUCCAGCACUAAAGAUUCCAGGCACAAACACUCCCACAAAGUUGUCCUGCUCCAUGUUUGCUCUUGUUUUGUGUCUGAAUGUGGAGAGAAGCUUUCUGUACCUUUGUUCUGCACAGAGCUGUGCUCUGGUGUUGAAAAGGGCACUAGCAUGCUCACAUUAAGAUCAGGAGCAAGGAGGGGAAACUUUUUAGGUGACUUUGUGGUCACUCUUGAGAAUGUUGAUAAAGGCCUCUCUGUUAAAAACAAGCUUUCACAUGUGGAUGAAGUGUUGAACCGCUGACAGCCCUUCACUCAUGUCAGCUGGUUAUUUUAAUGACAGUAAUAUUUCAAAACUUUGUUUGCAGAUACUUUAUUUUCAAGUCAUUCAAACUAAUGUUUUCGUGAUCACUGGAAAGUUUGUGCGUGUCAUUCCAUAAAUACUCUAGUACAGUGACCUAGUCUCUAGAGAUUUUUUCACAAGAACUGUUUGUAGCUGUUAGCCCCAGUUUUUGGGAACUAGACACUUUUUGCUGCAAGGACAGUUUGUAUGGAAGGGGCAAUUUUCCCUGCAGUGUUUGCUCUACAGCACAGUUAGGGUAACCCUUCAAAACUGAUGGAUUGGCCAGAUGACAUUUUUUUCAUCAUUGAGAUCCAUCUGAACCUGAAAUGUGUGUGCCAGGUUUUAAAGAAAUUACCAGACCAGUCAGCACUGUUUGAGGAGAAGGAGGUGGUAGCUGUGUGCAUAUUUUGGUUGUACUGCAAGUCGGUAAAAAAUGGCUGCUGCCAGUGAAGCAGUUAGCUUGGAUGCAGUGCCAAUUUUUUUAUCAGGACUAGGUAGCAUUUCUGUUUUAAUAGAAGAGCAAUGGAUCACACUAGAAGCUUUUUUUUUUUUUUUUUUAAAUUACAGAAACAAAGUUUUUGUUUCUCUCCCAACCAGUUUAGGUACUAGUUUUAUUCAUCAACUGGCUCCACCAUCUGUAAACAACACAUCACGUUAUGUAGUUAACUUAACAGAGCUGCACAUGCCCAUUACAUCAUUAUGUCUUCUUGCUCCGACUGUCCCAUAAUGAAGUGGCUGAAAAUUUAUCCAAGAAUUUGUUUUGAAAGCUUCUGUCCUUUCCAAACGGUUUGUAUGGGCAGUUGCUAAAACGCAUGUGAAAUAUAUCCCAUGCACUGGAUACAGUCUAUCCGUGUCUGGUCGCAUUUAGGGGAUCCGUUAACCCUUUACGUGUUUUUGGUGAAUUUGACUCUUUGAUUAAUUUGGACAGAUUUAGCGGGCACUUAGUCCGUGUGAGUCAGGCCCUUAGUCCUUGAUGUACUGCUAAGGGGAAAGAACCAAAGCAUGUUUUUAAACUAGAAAUAAAAAAAAACUGCUGUAGCUUAAAUUAUGUCAAUAGUCUGAAAAAGUUAUUUUUUUGGACUUGAAAGACUUCAUCAUUGGUGUAAUGAUGAGUGUUUACCAUUCAGGCUUUACAGAUGAUCAGUUUAGAUCAUGAAAAUGACUGUAAAUUUAAAAUAUGUACAUAUAGGAUGCUGAUAAAUGUAUUUUAUUGUCAUAUUUAUGUGAUAUUUAUAUAUUUACACCAUACAGGCUUUAAAAGGCUUAAAAUGUUUUUCUUUACUUGGUCAGCUAAAAACUACUGACAUGUGUGUGACUUUCUGUAAAAACACCCAGAGCUGUUCUAACUAAAGCUGUGCAGGAUUUUAUUGAUUUGUUUUGUUUUCUUAAAUUUUCUGCCCGAGUUAACAUGAACAGAAUUCGUCAUGUGAAACAAAACCAAAAACUUUCACAGUCAAGCUAGUUUUCAAUGCUCAUCAAUAAACUGCUCCAUUUUUCUUUA